UGGGCAGUCUGUCCAAUGAGCGCGGAGGGGCGUGGCGUGGCUGACGUCCCAGUGGCGGCCCAUUCAAAUCCAACCUGCUCCUCAGCCAAGUGGGCAGUCUGUCCAAUGAGCGCGAAGGGGCGUGGCGUGCCUGGCGCCGUCCCAUUGAGGAGCGCGGAACGUUGUGACGUCAGAGCGGCGGCCCAUUCAAGCCGGGGGACGGUUGGCCCAUUGAUGGCUCCGGGUGAGGCGCUCCCGCCGGCCUUCCUGCGCAGCCUGCGCACCCUCUUCGACCUGCUGGACGAGCGCGGGCGGGGCUUCGUGCACCUGCGGGAGAUCGAGUCUCGCUGGCUGCUGCCCGGGGACGGGGUGCGCGAGGGCCUGCGCGGCGCCGCCUCCCCCGACGGGACCCUCACCUUCGAGCGCCUCCUCCUCGGCCUCCGCGCCUCCCUCCCCGCCCACAGGCCGACGCAGGGUCCUAAUGCCCCACCUCUACCCUCCAAACAGGACGUCCCGCGGCGGACGGGAAGAAACCGGAGGCACACCAUCACCAGCGGAGUCGACUACGGCAUGCUGAAGCAAAUGAAGGAGAUGGAGAAGGAGAAGGACUUCUUGCUCCAGGGCCUGGAGAUGGUGGAGCGGGUUCGCGACUGGUACCGCCAGCAGAUCCACCUCCUCCAAGAGCAGCAGAAGCAACUGGCGCAAAGCCAAGCCCACAAGGAGUGUGCCGGCAGCGAAGGGGGUCCAGGUUCGCUGCAACGCCUCCUCCCCAAACUGCAGGAGCUGAACCGUUGUUUCGGAGAACUGCUGGCCCUCUCGGCAAAGCCACCAAGCACAGCUUCUGUGUCCACCAAUGGGCCGGCUUGCUUGACCACGGCCUCCCCACCCCUGGCCGGACCACAGCAGACCAUCAAUAUGUUGAAGGAGCAGAACUGGCUCCUCACCAAGGAGGUGACGGAGAAAAGCGACCGGAUCACGCAGCUGGAGCAGGAGAAGUCGGCCCUGAUCAAGCAGCUCUUCGAAGCCCGGGCCCAAAGCAGCAGCCAGGAGGCCAACUUGCUGGACUCCACCUUCAUCUAACGCCCGCUUUUCCGAGUGUUGUUGGAGGAUUUUGCAAACAUCGUACGACUUGCAUUGCAACAAAUAUCACGAGGAUUGGAUUCUGCAAAUAUCAUACGACUUUCCAUGCAGUGUUUUGCUGUGCCAGCUGUCAGCUCUAGUUUGUAGUGCGGUUUUCUUGUACUGGUUGUUUGUCUGCUUCGAUCAAUAUCACCAGGCUUGGAUUCUGCAAAUAUCAUACAACUUGCAUUUUGCAAAUGUAAUACGGCUUCGAUCAAUAUCACCAGGCUUGGAUUCUGCAAAUAUCAUACGACUUCCAUUUUGCAAAUGCAAUACGGCUUCGAUAGUAUCACCAGGCUUGGAUUCUGCAAAUAUCAUACAACUUGCAUUUUGCAAAUGUAAUACAGCUUCGAUAAAUAUCCUUUGCCAAGGUCCCAAUCCCAGGACGGAAACUUUGGAAAUUGCACUCGCUGGAAUGGAAAUCUCUGCUUUCUUCACUCCAUUUUCCUCUUAAGAGGAGGCUACUUCUGAGCAUACACAGAGUGCCUUUCGCCCCAGCUCUUCUUUCAUCAGCUGGGAUUCAGCACAACCUCAAAUCACUCCAUCUAUUCUAUUUUUUCCCUUUUCUAUUAUUUUAGUAUAUGUUAAGUCUGUUGGUGUGUUAUAUUUUUUGUGUUGCUACGUGUACAUUUUAUUUUUAUACUACAGUAGAGUCUCACUUAUCCAACGUUCUGGAUUAUCCAACGCAUUUUUGUAGUCAAUAUUUUCAAUAUAUCGUGAUAUUUUGGUGCUAAAUUCGUAAAUACAGUAAUUACAACAUACCGUUACCAUGUAUUAAACUACUUUUUCUGUCAAAUGUUUUGAUGCUUAAUUUGUAAAAUAAUCACCUAAUUUGGUGUUUAAUAGGCUUUUCCUUAAUCCCUCCUUAUUAUCCAAGAUAUUCGCUUAUCCAAGCUUCUGCCGGCCCGUUUAGCUUGCAUAAGUGACACUUUACUGUAUAUUAAGUCUGUUGGUGUGUUAUAUUUUUUGUGUAGUGACAUGUACAUUUUAUUUUUAUACUAGUUAGAAAGCAGAUUAAUAGGGUGAUUUUAAUGCCUCACUUUAUUAUACUUGUAUUACAGUAGAGUCUCACUUAUCCAACAUAAACGGGCAGGCAGAAUCUUGGAUAAGCGAAUAUGUUGGAUAAUAAGGAGGGAUUAAGGAAAAGCCUAUUAAACACCAAAUUAGGUUAUGAUUUUACAAAUUAAGCACCAAAACAUCAUGUUAUACAACAAAUUUGACAGAAAAAGUAGCUCAAUACGCAGUAAUGUUAUGUUGUAAUUACUGUAUUUACGAAUUUAGCACCAAAAUACCACGAUAUAUUGAAAACUUUGAUUACAAAAAUGCCUUGGAUAAUCCAGUACCUUGGAUAAGUGAGACUCUACUGUAUUCUAUUUUUUCCCCUUUUCUAUUAUUUUAGUAUGUUGUGUUAUUUUUUUUUGUGUUGUUACGUGUACAUUUUAUUUUUAUACUAGUUAGAAAGACGCUUAAAAGGGUGUUUUUUUAAUGUCUCACUUUAUUAUACCUGUAUUAUUAUUUUUUUCUUUUCUCUCAGUAAAAAAUAAUCUAUACACAUAAUAAAAGUGAAAAUAUGUA